AUGGAGAAGCUGUUGGAGAGACUUAAUGCGGAACAAAUGCAGCUAGUGGCGAUGGUGGCUAGACUAAUCUGGUUGAGAAGGAAUUCAGUUGUCUUCGGUGGUGAUUUUCUGGACCCGUCAUCACUUCUUCGGCGAGCACAGGACCAGGUUGAGGCUUGUAUCAAAGCGUCCCAGCGGAGAACUAGAAGAGGAGAAAAGCUAAAUACGCCUCCCAUUGUAGUCUGGCAGAAACCACCUGUUGGGUGUGUAAAGCUCAAUUGGGAUGCAGGUCUUGAUAUUCAACGGAAAAGGACGGGCAUAGGAGUCAUUGUUCGUGAUCAUGAGGGGAAGCCACUUGCUAUGCUUUGCGCAAGUAAGAGACAUGUCUAUAAUCCUACGAUGGCAAAGGCAAUCGCUGCUUGUAGAGCUGUGGAGCUUGCUGUCCAACUGGACCUUCAUCGUUUCAUCUCGAAAGGGGAUGCUUUAGUGAUAGUCCAGGCGCUUAGGAGUGAUGAAGGCUGCUGGAGCUUGUUUGGCCAAGUGGUGAAUGAUGCUCGUGAUAUGUUGAAUAACCAUCAAGUUUGGGAGGUGCAACAUGUUAGUAUAAAUGCUAAUGAUGAUGCGCACCGUCUGGCAAAGAUGGCACUUACGAGGUAG